AUGCAAAGCACUCGGAUAUAUCUGCAAAAGCUAUCAACGGCAUUUGCUGCAUCUUCACCUGCAGGACGCCUCAUCGACAAUCAUCACGCAUUGCCGAGUCACGCCCAUCAGCCUGUCAUGGAGCAUAUUAUCCUAUGGCGCAAUAUUUAA